AUCGCAUCUCUCCCGGUCAAUGCUACGUGUUCGUGCAUAGUGCUGCCGAAGAGAUGCCUUCCCUUGUUCGAAAGCUGCUCAUUUUCGCAGCAGUGGAUGGCCUGAUCCUGCAGCCCUCCCCGCCCCGCAACCAUCCGCCCACGACACAACAAGCCAUCAAAGUCGACUACAAGGGCAAUGUCGGGCCGCUACUAAAGGAUAGACGCGAGGAAGACACUACGCCUAUAUCUGUCGAGGCACAUGGCAUAAUUGGUAUGGGUGUCGCACAAAUACGUGGAAAGCCUGUUUACAAAAUUACCGAUGUCGCCCUUAUUCCGCUCUCUUCCCAGGCCGAUGCCGACAAGGCCAUUGCAGCCACUCGUGACCACCUGAGACGUCGCAACAAGUCACCAGGAGGUGAGGAUGAAGAUACCGAGAGCGAGGGCGACGACGAUGCGCCCAGUGUGACGGACUCAGUCGUCGGGGAUCUACCUCCAGCAUCGAAUGAAGUCACGGACCCAGUCACUGGGCGAAAAAGUAGUCCUUCACAAAAGACCAGCGUUGCCGAAGAUGUCAUACAACGGAAAGGUGUAUAUGGGAGAUUUGCUGACAAGUGGUUCUCUCGAAAAGGUUGGAGUGCAGACAACAGGCGUCUGCAAGGAUUUACCUCAGAAGAAAAUCUGGCCGCCAGGUAUGCAAGGCAGGAUGCCGAUCCAGCAGUCCCGAAGGAGCAACAAGGACCUGAGGGCGAAUCAAAGCCGGAUGUCAUUCCAACCGAGGAUGAAAACGUACCACAAGAAGUCAGUCCUACAGCAAUACCGAAAGCACUGGGCGGCAAGAAGGAUGCAGCAACCGUAGCUCUGUUGCCGAAAAUCUUGCAGACGACGAAGAUGUACUUUGCAUCAGGUAAUUUUUUCUAUUCAUACGACUAUGACAUUUCAAAUGGCAUCGGCCAGCAGCAGCCUAGUUCGAGCGUGCCACUCUUCAAACAGUUUGAUCCUUUGUUUUUCUGGAAUCAGAACAUAAUAUCCCCUUUUAUUGAGGCCGGUCAACACUCUUUUGUGCUGCCAAUCAUCCAGGGCUUCGUUGGACAGCGAUCUUUCACCCUCAAGACCACAGAUUCACAGUCCAGUAGUCUCGUGCAAAAACAGGAGACACAGCAAGCAGAGAGCGAGAACUCCGAGAUCAGCUCAGAGCAGGACUCUUUUGCACAAGGCAAAGACUUUUUGUUAACACUAAUUUCACGUCGAUCUACUAAGCGAGCUGGACUUCGCUAUUUACGUCGUGGCACGGACGACGAGGGUUGCACUGCGAACAGCGUGGAGACUGAGCAGAUCCUCUCGACUCCAACUUUUGACACGACCCAAGAUAAGAUUUUUUCUUUUACACAAUUCCGCGGAUCUAUACCAUUGUUCUUUUCUCAGUCGCCGUACAGUCUCAAGCCUCAAGUUACUACCUGGGGCUCCUUUGAGACAAAUGCGCUUGCCUUCAAACGGCACUUUACUGACCUAUCGUCGCGGUACGGAGAGGUAUACUGUGACUCAUUGAUUGAUAAGCACGGCACAGAGGCGAAGAUUGGCGAAUUGUAUGAGCAGCAUGCAAAGGCACUAAAUGAGAACGGGGGUAUCGAUGGAAAAGGCAAACAGUUGGGAUUUGAGUGGUUCGACUUUCACAAUGUCUGCCGUGGGAUGAGGUUUGAGAACGUCUCCAGGCUGAUGGAUUCGAUCGAAACUUUUAUGAAAUCUUCAGGCUGGGUUGAGAUUGCAGAUGAUCAAGUACAGCAAAAGCAGACUGGCAUUUUGCGAACAAACUGCAUGGAUUGUCUGGACCGCACCAAUGUGGUUCAAUCAGCUUGUGCUAGAACUGCUCUGGAAGCGCAGUUGUCCUUGGGCAACUACCAUAUCGAUCUCCAGCAUGACCCUAGUACUUCAUGGUUCAACACCCUGUGGGCGGACAAUGGCGAUGCCAUCUCUAGACAAUAUGCCGGCACAGCUGCGCUCAAGGGCGACUUUACACGAACGCGUAAACGGCAGAUUACGGGCGCUCUGACUGACUUUGGACUGACUUUGACUCGUUAUUACAACAAUAUUGUCAAUGACUACUUUGCCCAAGCACUCAUCGACUACCUUCUUGGUCGCGCGACCGACACCAUUUUUUCCGAGUUUGAGGCAGACAUGAAGAGCUCAGAUCACUUUGUUGAUCUGCGUAGAGUACGACAGCAAGCCAUCGAGCGCUCAGCAGGUAUCGUCAUUGAAGACCAUGACGAGGACUUGGUCCAGGGCUGGACGCUCAGUGUACCCACCGCAGCAAACCAAGUAAAGACAACAACGUUUGAAGAAGCGAUUCUUCUACUUACAGAAAAGGCUCUGUACUUUUGCCGUCUGGACUGGGGUACCGAAAAGGUACGAGAGUUUGAGCGCAUCCCGCUUGAGAAUGUGCAGGGCCUCAUGCGUGGUGUUUAUAUUACGUCAACCCUAGCACAGCGACAUAUGGACACGGACAAGAACGUGGGGCUCAUCAUUCGGUACCGACCCAAUAGUCGCGGCAAGCUAGUACGUAGAAAUACCAGAGUGUUGGAUUCGGAGCCUGGCGAUGAUUCGGCCAAGGACGAGACUCAGAAAGCUCCAAAGCAAGAUGAUGCCAGCGGUCGGUUCCUGGCCUUCAAAGCGUUACCAGCUCACAGCAGUGUUCCCGUGGCAUCUGGUGAUGCAGUUGAAGAUGAGACCGAGAUUGUCAAGUCGGUUUGUGAUGAGAUUGCACGGGUCGCUAACGGCGUGCGCAGGGGAGAUGGUGAGGGGGAUAGAAAAGUGGAGAUUGAAGAAAAGGAUAUUAUCAGCCUUGAGGAUGCAAAGAAGAGUACUGGUUACCUGGAACAGUUUGAGUAUUCGCUGAAGAAGCUUGUUUGGGGAUGAAUAGAUGGGGGCCACCUGUACCCACGUAGGGGGGCGGGAUCUGUAGAGUAAAGAAGUUAUUAGAUAAUAUGUAGUGGCACUUGUUAGCGUUGCAACACCAUAAGGGCAUAAUAUAUAUCUUAGCUAGUAGCUACUAGCUUCCGUCGAUUG